AUGCGCUUCAGCCUUUUGAUCUUUGCGGUGGUCAUCUUCUGCUUGCAGGAUUACUCCGUCCAAGAGAAGGAGGCAGAGACGCCUGAGGGCGUUAGCGCGGCACAAGUGGUAUCUGCAUCGACGCGGCUUCAGUCCUCUGACCAACGAGCAUCCUUGGCGUUGUCACUGGUGCAAGAGGCUGAGCAAAGCACUGACACCACAAUGAGGAGAACAAGGAAAAAGACUCCAAAGAAGAAGCAAGCCGAUACGGCCAAGGAGAACUAUGGCGUCCCAGCCAUGGACCCUCCAUGGCAAUCGACAGCCUCUACAGCGCCAACACCGACGCCAGCAGCUGCAGCUACAGAGACAGCGGAGAGCGUCGUGCUGAAGGAGCUAGUCCAAGCUUUGGAGUCCUCCGACAACCCUCUGUCGGAGGAAGUCCAGGCGGUUGUGGAAAAGGCCAAGAAGCCUAUCGAACCCCCGCCAACGGCGAAAGCUGUCAGGCAAUCUUGGGACAAGCUGGAGAAGAAGAGGAAACAGCUUCAUCAAGCCCAAGUUGCACGGAGCAAUCUCCAUCGGUCAUGGGCCAAGUACAUCGAAGACUCUGUCAAGCGCUGGAAGUCAUUUGCCAGCGAUUUUGCAACAAAAGAUCAGGCGCUCGAGAAGAAGGUCGUCGAGGCCAAAGAAGCUAUGCAGGAUGCCAGGGAGAAGUACGACAAGGCUCGCGAUGCCAUAGAUCGGCAAGAUGCGGUGACGCUCGAGGCAGUCGAGGACAUCUCCGACGGCAUGGACGAAGAGCCCACAGACCGCAUUGCAACUGCAGAAGAGAUUCAGGAAGGCAUUGCGACGAUGGUCUCCUCCCUGGAAGCAAUUCGAGUCCGGCCUUCAGAAGAGCAGCCAGAGACAGAGCAGGCCAACAAGAAGGCCAAGCUUGGCCACCAAGCAGAAGCUGCCAAGUCUUCUGCAUUUGGAGCAUCUGCGCUCCAGCCUUUUGGAACGACUCACCGAGUAAGUUUCAACCACCUUGUUGAGCUCUAUGUGGGAGCAGAGCUCGACUAUGACAUGCAGCGUUGGAACCACCUCAUUCAGAUGCCAGUCAAUGAUGCCAAGAUUCUACGCCCACUUGAGCGCCCCAUGAUGGACGAGACCUCAUUGAUGGCCACAGGAGAGUUCCAAAGAGAUCGAACACCACGACGUUUUCCGACACAACAUCAUCGUCUACAAGAUGAUCAUAGAAUUGCUCAGGAUCCGAAUGAUCCUCAUGAGCCAUCUGAACCUUCUGAUGAUGAAGAAUCAAACAAUGACCGAGCAGAAACAGAUGGAGAAGACAAUGCACCUGAUUGGUUUGCAUCCGUCCUGUUCGCCCUCAAUUUCCAACCGCAGCCUAUGAGAGUCAAUUGGAAUGACUACGAAUCCAUGCAUUGGGAUGCUGCAGUAGCGUUGGGCGUGUCCAGGCACCAUCUGUAUACACUUCAUCAUCUACCAUUUCCUCCCCUUGAUCUUGCAGAUGCCGGAGUCGAAGCCCUCAUUGGGCAUCGACACAAUGACAUCGGGCACGGAUCCAACCUUCAGCUGGUCCUCAUGGAUGUGGAGUUCCACAGUGCAGUUCCUGAUGUCCAGCCAGAAGUGGUCCGAAGAGUUGUGAGGCUUCCCAGACAGAUCGGCAGAAUGGCGAUGCUGCAAAGACUUGGGCUCCGUGAAUAUUGCAGAACGACACAGCAUCCAUGCAUGAUUUGGCACAACCGAGAUCUCCUGUCGCCUACGAGUGCGCGCCCACUUGCACUGGCACAUGGACACUACAUCAGGGUCGCAGUGCCGCCUGGAGGCGAUGAAGUACUACACAUUGCCACACGCUGUGUUGCCAGCGCUUGUCACCAGGGCAUAUCUGCAGCUGAGCUCUGUGAUCGUCAUGCCCUCUACGUUUUGGGAUGGUACGACACGAUCAUUGGACCUCCACUUGUGCCUCUGCCCCCUGAUGAAGACGUGACCAACCUGAUGCAGCUCAGUACGGUUGUGCCACCUGAAGAACACUGCCCAUGGUUUCUCCUGCGGACGCGUCAAUGUUUCAUUGAUGCCUGGGAGCAGCCUUGCCCUUUUCAGCUGAAAUGGUCAAAGAUUCCAGCCAUUGAGUUUGAAUCAGGUGAGGAGCCACAAGAUCAUCUUGAAGAUGAACCUCCGUACAGGAGAAGCACUUCACCGACCUUCGAAAGACCUAUUGGGCAGCCAGCUAAUCCUCUACAAGGACAACCGGCAGUCAUUCAAGAGCUCUUCAUGCUAUGGUUGCAUGUGGCAAUGACGCAGCAAGGAGGAGAGGACACGGUCAUUCCUGUUGAGACCUGGUAUCUGUCCGAACCUGGACAUGUGAUCUGCGGUGUCUCCCGCACGGUGAAUCUGGGCAGGGACUUCCAAUCGUGGCUUGGGCAAAUCAUUGAGGAGUGGGAGGACGUUCUUGAUCGAACCACCACCAUACAGCUGCACGCUGUACGCCCAAUGCCAAGAGCCACCAUCGCAAGACCCACUACCAGACCGCACAUCAUCCUGAAGCAGCGCACACCAGCUGACAUGGUCGUGAACCUGUACACGGUUUUGGACUCUUCUGGUGCUACCCUGCGUGCCAGCCAAUUUGCAACAUUUGGCCCCCGGCCUCAAACUUGGUACAUUGCCAUCCGCCAGACAGACAUGCAUCGACACUGUGACAGACCUGAAUCUGCCAUUCAGUGCAUGGUGUGGCAUGGUGAUUUCCAACUACGAGCGCCCAUGGAGAUGGACAACAGGGAUGGAUUUGAAUUCACCGUGAUUGUGAAUCCGACCCCGACCACCAGGAUCACACUGCAUCUUGAGAGCCUCAUACCUGAGACAGUUGCAGUCAAACUGAUUGCCCCCAUUGGCACACAUCAAUUGCCAACGCCAUUGGAAGUUGCGGCACCUGGCGAGCCACAUCAAAUCGCUGCAGAACUGGUGCAUUGGGGACAUCACUGCCAGGUACAUGAUUGCUGUCCUCAAGAUUGCUUCCUUUGCCUACCUGCCAAAGAUUCCCCAUCAGACGAGCACUGGCACUACGUGUUCUGUCAUGAUGAUGCACAGGAUUGCAAUGGUGUCUUUUGCCACAGUGCUGGCACUGACCUUGAUGAGAUUCAGCUCAUGGCCUUCCUCUGCGACAUGGGAUAUCCAAGAGCAGUCAUACUUGCACAAACAGUCAUUGCGCAGCGAUGGAAGAAGGUGCUGUUUCAUCACCGUGAACCAGAACUUCACAAGAAAGCUCAGCCCCAGCGCACAAUGACUCCUUGGCCAGCGCGGGGUGAUGCACAGAAGACCUCAAGGUGUCUCUUCAUGCCUGCACCCCGAGGCGAAGUUCCCAUGUGCGCACUGAAAACACCUUUUGACCAACAUGAUCUGGACGAGCUCUUUGCCUCUAGCAUUGAUGUCCUUUGCACCGAGCUCUCUGGAAUUGAACUGCCGCCUGAAAUCAAUGCGCAACUUCAGGCAGUGCCCGUGUGUCCUUUGACCAAGACAAGCCGCCUAAGUGAUGACUCUGCAGCCUGCAAGCAGAAGCACAUCAAGAAGGCAGUGAAAUAUUGCCACCACUUCGACAUGCAUCAACAAAUCCUACAAAUUGCCCCUCAAGAUUGGCAUCGUGAUGUCGAACACCAAACGGAGCACAUCACGCAAGAGCUUCAUGAUCUGCUAGCAGCCAACCAAGCAGGAGAAUGCUCCUCUAGUAAGAAGCCAUAUGUCAAUCAGGAAAUUUGGGAGCUUCGCAGUCAGAAAAUUGUGCUCAGGAAGAAGAUCAAGGCAGUCAACUACAGACUCCGACGAGAGCUGCUACAAGACUGCUUCCUGCUCUGGCAGAAACAAGACCAGAGAGAAAAGAACCCAGAGAUAGGUCAACAGACCUUCAACUACGGUGUCACUCUCAGAUGCAAGUCCCUGCACUUUGUGGCGCGACUUCGUGCGGUUGGAUGGCGUCUUCGGCAUGAACUGACCCGUAGCAAAAGCAAUGCCCUUCAACGACACCUUGAUCAACUUCCUGAAGACACCUCUGCAGCAGAUUUCCUGAGGGAGCUGAAACCUUUCACUGGUAUUUGGUUGUAUGCAGUGCAAGUUGAGAUGCAAGAGCAAAGCUGGGGAGGCCCGAUGCCUCCUGCAACCAGAAGAAGGCAAAGACCAGACAUUGAUGGUGAGCUGUAUGACAAUUUGAUCGACAUGAUCACAGACGCAAGUGCAGCCCUGGACCUGUUCGUCUCCGCUGCUGAUUUGAUCUCUGAUCGGGCUAUUUCAUGGACACGAUUGCGAAGCACUUUGCUCUUCCUCGUGGACACGCUGACCCAGGAGGACAACACGAUCCUGCCCAUUGACGUGGAGACGAUCAAAAAGACCUUGCACAGUCUGAUUGAGCCUGAGAAUUGGCCCUUUCUGCAGCAGGACAGGGUGGAAUGCUGUAGCGAUGCUGAUCUCACCACACUGGAAGAUCAUUGCGAUCAAGCGCGACGAUAUUUGGAGCGUGGAGCCCUUGCAGUAGUCCCACGACCGUUGGGACGACACAGGGUUAUCUUGCACCUCUAUUCCGGAAGACGCAGACGAGGCGAUGUACAAUUCUAUCUGGACAAGCUGGCGAGCAGUCAGGCCCAUUUCAUGUUGCACAUCGUAUCACUUGAUAUCGUGAUUGACCCUGUCUAUGGCGAUGCCAUGCGUGCUGAUACUUACGAUUUUUGGUUGACCUCCAUCCGGAGCGGCUACAUCAUUGCAAUGCUCGCCGGGCCCCCGUGCGAAUCCUGGUCUCGAGCCAGGGGGGUCUCCCUACAUGGCAAGCCCGAGCUUCCUGGACUGGUGCAGAGAUGCGGACCACGCAUCAUUCGUGACAUCCAGCACCUUUGGGGGCUAGAGAGCGUCACCAUCCGUGAGCUUGAGCAACUUCAAGUUGGGAAUGCGCUGCUUGGCUUCACGCUUUUGGCGCUCCUGGAAAUGGCACUGGCAGACGGUCAUGGCAUGGUUGAACACCCUGCCGAACCUGAAGAUCUCCCUCAUGCGGCUUCGAUCUGGCGGCUCCCACUCGUCAAGGCCAUCAUGCAGCUCCCGAACAUUGAAUUGCUUAGAUUUUCCCAAGGAUUGAUGGGCGCGAAAUCGCACAAGCCUACCCAUCUUCUCCUUCUGAAUUUGCCACAGCUUUUGACGUGUCUCCAUGCCAAUAGGGUCAGAUGUGAUAUCCCCAGGGCUGCCACGAUUGGUAAGGAUCAGUCUGGCAACUGGAACACGGCUGUGUUGAAAGAAUACCCGCCAGCUAUGUGCAGGGCUGUUGCUCAUGCUCUGUUUCAGGCCACCUCUGACCGACCGGUCAUUGAAGGAGCCCCUGAACCACCUGCAGUUUUCAUUGACACGUGCAAACGCAUGCAUGUCACUGCAUACGGUGAGAGCAUUGGAGCUGACUAUGUACAAAGAUAG